AUGGAGAGGAUGGAGUCUAUGGAGCCGAUCUCGGCGUGUUAUACCACCGAUUACCCCGAGAUCAAACCCGGGGGCGACCUUGGAUGUAAAGAGACCACUGACGGCCAGUCAAAGACGAGCCCCGCUCCACUGUACGACGAAGACUUCAUGCAUAAGACAAUCCUGGUCGGAGACAGCGGAGUGGGAAAGACAUCUCUGUUGGUGCAGUUUGACCAGGGCAAGUUCAUCCCUGGCUCCUUCUCUGCCACCGUGGGCAUUGGCUUCACGAACAAAGAGGUGCCAGUUGACAAUGUAAAGGUCAAACUACAGAUUUGGGACACGGCAGGUCAAGAAAGGUUUAGGAGUGUGACGCACGCAUAUUACAGAGAUGCACAGGCCUUGCUCCUUCUGUACGACAUAACCAGUAAAUCGUCCUUUGACAACAUCAGGGCAUGGUUAACAGAGAUCCAUGAGUAUGCACACAGUGAAGUAGUCAUCAUGUUGCUGGGCAACAAGGCCGACAUGAGCGGCGAGAGAGUCAUCAGGAGGGACGAGGGAGAGAAGCUUGCCAGAGAGUAUUCAGUGCCUUUCAUGGAGACUAGUGCCAAGACCGGCGUCAACGUGGAGCUGGCUUUCACCGCGGUGGCUAAGGAACUGAAACACAGGGCCAUCCGACACCCGAACGAACCCAAGUUUCAGAUUCACGAAUAUAUCGAGGCGCAGAAGGAGAAAUCGGGCUGCUGUAGCUAUUUCUAAACCUCCUCUCCACAUCCGCCUCCUCCCCGGUUCUCCCCUCCC